AUGAAGAUCAACCCAACAUUUCAUGUGUCCCUGUUAAGGCCAGUUGUCUCCUGCCCUCUAGCCCCUGCCCCUAAACCACCACCGCCACCCCGUAUCAUUGAGGGUCCUGGGUUCCUGCCCGAGAUAUCCUGGACAAGGAACUCAUUAGGGACUUUCACACCCAACACACUGAUCGUCCAGCUGGGAACUUCCUCACAGUUUGUGUGGUCUAAGAACAACGAGCGCUUACCUGCAUCAGGACCCGUUCUUCACUUUCCUGCUCUAACCGUGAGGGAUUCUGGGAGUUACACCUGCACUUGGAAAACCAACGAGGCGUCAGGAUCUGAAACGAUCAGCCUUCAGGUCGAGGGUGUUCUCAAUCACAGAGACUGGGGUGUGAAAUAUCCUGAUAAGCCGAUCUGUGGUGUGAGAGGAUUCAGUGUCUCCAUUCCAUGUAGUUAUUAUUAUCCACAGCAAAAUUAUCAGGUGAUAGAAAAGCUUUGGUGCUCAAUGAACUCAAACAAAGGUCAGUAUCAUGGUCCACCGUAUGUUUAUAACAGCUCAUCAAACACCAACUCAGACUUUGAGUACGCUGGAGACAACAAAUCAAACUGCACUUUGUUAAUCCACAAUCUACAGUCCAGUUAUUCUGGAACAUACAAAUUCAGAUUUAUAACUAAUGUGACCAAAUGCAAAUGGACCGGUGAACCUGGAGUGAUUCUACAAGUUGCAGAUUUAAAGGUGUCACUAAUCAGGCUCAGUGGAAACGGAACCCUUAAACAAGGAGACUCAUUAAAUCUGACGUGUGAUGUGAAGUGCACACACAGUUCCUCACAGUUUGUGUGGUCUAAGAACAACGAGCGCUUACCUGCAUCAGGACCCGUUCUUCACUUUCCUGCUCUAACCGUGAGAGAUUCUGGGAGUUACACCUGCACUUGGGAAACCAAUGAGACAUCAGGAUCUGAAACGAUCAGCCUUCAGGUCGAGGAUGAAAAUCCUGAUCAUUGGCCAAUCUGGAUCAUUGUUGUGUUGACAGCCGGACUGAUUUUCAUCACCGUAGCUAUCGCAGCUGUGAUUUACAGCAGGAGGUGA